UGAAACGGUAAAAAAAACGAAAAAAAAAAAAAACAUUAUCUAGCUAUUUUAAUUCUUCAAAUGAAUGAAACGGUUUUGGAGCAGGGCUGACGCUGACUGACAUUCACGUUCCCAUAUCAACCACUCUGCUCUCCCCACCCCCGUGCGCGUGUAGCACCUGCCCAAAGAAUCAGCAUCAGAUACGGCAUUUAUUAUUUAAAAUGCUCAAGAUGAUCCUGCGCUAUAGGCUUGAGAAACUAGACAGAGCCUUCAUUGUACCUCACCAAUAGGCUGUUAUGUCAUUCAUUUAUGAAGACAGCGGAACACAAGCAAGAGGAGUGCAGAAACUCUUGACACCUAGAAACCCAUGGAACAGGUAUAAAAAAAAUGAAUAGCGAUGCGCGGAACACGCGCACGAGCGCACGGAGCAGGUUUGAUGGAGCGUCAGCGGGAGACGCAGAGGAUAUGGACGGAGAAGAUGACGCUCACAGCAGACCUUCAUCAGUGCUGUGGGAAAGACAUAUUGAGCAAAGUAUAUUUGUGGAUAUUAGUGAUGAUGACAGCCUGCAUUUCAGUGACAUGCAGGGCGCCUUCACUGUCCACCUCUCUCAGGACACUGGUGCACCUCAGAGCCCGCAACUUACUGAUAAUGUUGAGAUGUCAGAGUCAUGUGAGACUGAAGAGGGUUCAUCUGAGAGUGUUGAAUCAGUCAGUAGCGAACGCACAGAACAUUCAAACACCAGAAACAGGAAGGGAAACAUAAUCAUGGCACCCAUGCAGAAACUCACCACUGCAGUAAAGCCAAACAUUGGAGCACAUGAGGAUGAUGCUGUCAACACCAGUGAUGAAGAACAUGAAGAGCUCCCGUAUGAUGCAAUAGAAGAUGUGGCUCCUCCCUUAGCCACACCUAUUCAACCUGCAGACCACAUCACUGACUUCCUGCUCAGACACUUCUCCCAGGAGGAGCUGCUUAACUCAAGCAGGAUCAUUGAAGCAGAGACCCUACCUGAGAUGUCUUUGAUGGACAGCAUUGAUGAAACCGUGCUGAGUAGAGCUUCUUGGGCUCCACAGAUCGCCAUAGGACAGAGAGAGAAGAUGGAUGAGAUGGAGGAACCUGAAGCCAGCACUUCUGGAAGUCAAGCAUUGGUUGAAAUAAACAUUCCAGAUGAGUCAAGCUCAUCUAAGAAACCUGGAACGACUAGCUUCAUUGAUGCACCAUCUGUUGGGGAUGAUGAUAAAGAGCUUCCUAAAUGCAGUUCUAACUCUCUAGAUCUAUCUAAAGCAGAUGCACAGAAGACUAAGUGCUCCUUCAGCAGGACCAGGUCUUACAGUGAGCUGAAAUACGGGCAGGGAAAGGUGCAUUACCCCCUACCUGACUUCUCUAAAGUGGCACCUAAAGUCAAAAUACCUAAAGGUAAUGGAAGCGUUAAACCCAUCAGCCAGUCACCAGCUAUGGCCCGAGCCCAGUCGUCCCCAGGCAUUCUGGGUAAAUCCACCUCCUCUAGUAAAGCUACAGCAGAUAUCAUCAGCAGGGUUUUAGAGGACUCCAUGCCACCAGAGAAGCAUAAUGUGUUUAUAGAAAAGGAAGUAGCGCAUCAGUUACAGGCUGAAUAUGACAGAUUGCUUGCUAAAUACACAGAAGCUGAAAACCUAAUUGGUCAGCAGCAGAUUCAUGCUUCCAGUGAGCCAUCUGUGUCCAUCGACUGGAACGAUGCAAUUAGCAACAAUGAAAACACCAAAAUGACAGCAAAUAACCCACAAGCACCAGCCGCAGCAGGUCCAAGUGAGAAGCAGUUUAGUCUUCACAACUCUCUACCUGUGCAGACUGAAUCAGAGAGUCCAACAGACGGGGAGAGACUGACCUCUGAGCUCAGAGACAUCAUCAGAUCAUUUAUGCAGAAGGUGGAUGAAUUCAAAACAUGUGUCACCACCAUGUCAAUGAAUGUGGAGGAGCAACAGAUGGUGCUGAAGAGCAUGAUGGAGGCCCAGGAUCAGCUGGAGAGAAAUUACCUCACAAAGAGGGAGGAGCAUCGUGCACUGGAAAUGCAGAAUUACAGGGGUCUAAACAGAAACACAGGAGAGUUUGACCCUGACAGGGAGGUCGAGGGGCAGAUUUUCAGGAUAGGCAUGCACCUGGAGGACAUAAAAGAGCAGAUCGACAGAAAUGUCUGCCAUGUUUUCUAUCCUCCUUCGUCAUCCUCCACUCCCUUUCCUCCACCUUGUGAAAAUAUCUCUCUCUCAUCAUCAUCCCAUCCAUCACUGCAUGAGGAGUCGGUCUUCAGCAUCUCCUCUGUCAGACACAACAUGGAGGACAAUGAUGAUGAAGAGGCCAAUGAAGAUCACAGAGCUGAUGAGCCUUUUCCAAGCUCCACAGAAAACAGCUUCUAUCUACAGUAUUCCACCUUCUCCACUGAAACGCCUGGCACUGCCAAUGAGGAAGAGGAGGACAGACUGACAACGAGAGAGGAAGAAAACCUCCUGGCACAACUGUCCACCUCAACUUCAUUAAAGCAACUGACACACGAUAGGUGCGAAGAGAAAUUCAGACCCAGUGAAGCCUCCUUCUCUUCUGUAGAAGUGUCUGCUGGGAACUCUCCUCAGCCAACCACAGAUAAAACACAGAGUUUUUUAGGUCCAGAAACUGACAGUGGCUUUGGCAGUUUUGACCUGAGCCGUCCAAACACAGGACUGUCCCAAACAUCUCCUACUGUGAAUUCUGCGCUCCUUGAUGAUGUCAUUAGCAUGCCGAGUAUGAGCGGUUCGGACAGCGAAGCUUCCCACUCCAAUGUACGAACAACUAUAUCAAUGGUACCAAGACCUGUGCAGCCCACAGGUGAGCCACCUGGAAUAUGAACAGCUGGUUCCACCAGGCAUGGAAGCAAGAAGCAUUACCCAGAAUGCACCUGUUAGAGCUCCAAAAGAGAAUGUCACAUUAGCAGGUGGCGCCACUCCCAUGCAUAACCAGGUGACUGAAGGAAGAGAAGACGUUCAGCUG